AGACGUGCAAAUUUAGGCAAACGUUUUGCUUGCGAAGGCUAAAUUUGUUUUUGAACAACGCAUCGAAUAUAUAUAUAUAGCUUGGUUAAUAGAAAUUGCUAAUGGAUUUGCAGACUAACAACGAUAGCGCUUUGGAAGAUGGAGAGCUCUCCUCCAGCGACGAUAUUUAUACGCCGCUGCAGCGACCAGUGCGUUUAGUGAAGACUUUUGCGAAUCCAUUAGCCAGAAAGGAUGACGAGUCCGAGUUCAAUACGCUGUCAUCGUCGGGUGAAUCUUCGGAGGAGGACUGCAUUAAAAAGCAACGAACAGAGACUGCGCCGGCCGAAGCCAAAAAGACGCGUAAGAUAAUGGUGCGUGUAUCGUCGGAUACAGAUGCACAUGGAGCACGCUUUAGGAACUACAACGUUUGGACUGCGGCGCUGCAGGAGGAGUCGCUAAGCGAGAACAUGCGCAGCUGCAAUCUCACGCGACAAGUUGGUAAUGAUCGCAGUGUGGAAAACUAUGCAUUUCCACAAAAGCAUAAGAAAUCGCUUAAGCGUCGUCUAUUCGACUCGCCGAAUGAGUCGUCAGCACUAAAGCGCGGACGUCAAUUCAGCUGCAGCAACGAGUCCGCCGCACAGCAAGCUAAAACCUCAGUCAAGCAACGGCUGGGCCAGCGCGUACGACGUGGUAAUAACUUCGGCAAGCCUAGACAUAUACUCGACUUGAAUGAUUUAAACGCUCGCGAUGCUUGCGAUGUCGCUAGCGAAAUGGCCAGCAAACUAUAUGAGCUUAAGGAUGAGCUUAUCGUGCGUGUGGUUCAAGUGCUUGGCAUUGAUUUGCCAUUGCAGCUUUACAAGCAGACGCAGCGCAUCGAAGCAGAUGGUGGCAUAAUGAUUAAGAAUGGAAAUCGUCGACGUACACCGGGCGGUGUUUUUUUGUUUCUGCUAAAGCAACAUGAGCAAAUAACGCCAGCGCAACUAAAGUCCAUUUUCAGUGAGGAUAAGACAAAAUCUCGCAAGCAACAAGUCGCAGCAUUUAUGCGUGAACGUAAAAUGGAAGAGCUAAAGAUUUGUCUCCACGAACAAAUGUCCCUUGGCUCUGGCAAGCAACGCAUAUCGAAUCCUACGCCUUCGCCUGAGCAUGAACCGCAAGAGAAAACUCAUGAAAUAAACAUGAGACUAGUGGGAAACGCUGAGAGAAACGAUUUGAUUAGCUACGACGAUGAUAUUUUGGAUGUCAAUUGUGCUGAAAUGGAUUUUUUUUAAACGAACGCUAAGCGCAACUAUGUCGCAAGGUUUUUUUUGUUGUUUUUUCUUUCAAAAUCUGUUUAUA